AUGAACGUGAGCCAGGGGGUGGUUCAUCCAGUGGAGGCGCCGCCGCGGCUGCAGACGGAAGGGGCGGGAAAUAUGCUUCUUCCACGUGUCAGGAUGAAGGAUCUCCAGGGCAUGCCGGGUACUGUAGGCGGAGUAUUCUUGCGCUUUUCUCAAUUGUUGUUUGCAGUAGUCGCUCUUUCCGUUAUGGCCACCAUCACUGACUUUGCUUCCGUCACCGCCUUCUGCUAUCUUGUUGCUGCUACUGGUUUGCAGAGUAUGUGGAGCCUUGCACUGGCAAUUGUUGACAUUUAUGCCCUUCUAAUAGGACGCCACUUGCAAAAUUAUCGAGCUGUUAGUUUAUUUUCUGUAGGUGAUGGGGUCACUUCUACCCUUACUUUCGCAGCCGCCUGUGCAUCUGCAGGCAUCACCGUUCUCAUUGGCAACGAUCUUGGUGCUUGUGCUAAUGAUCAUUGCACACGGUACGAGACUGCUAUAGCUAUGGCCUUCCUUAGCUGGUUCACUGCAUUGCCUUCAUUUUUGUUCAACUUUUGGUCUUUAGCAUCAAGAUGA